AUGCCGUCCGUCAUUAACAACGAAAUGGCAACUCACGAUGACGAGUCAUCGUUGAGUUUCUCAACAGAGUCGUCAAUCGACUAUGGCGGAGGCUCAAACACCCCGUCUGACGCCUCUGAGUUUGGAGGCAACAAAGGCCAGUACAGCAGCGUCACGCCCACUCGUCAGAGCUACCCCAAUGGCAUCAUGACUUCUGCGAACACACCAAAGACGAACAUGCUGCGUCGUUCGGUCACCUUCGUAGAGCCGGACCCGCCCGCCAGAGAGCAUUCCCGGAUCACGUAUACCAUGGUCAACAACACACCUCCUUCCACGCCGAAAGGUGAUACAUUCGACGCUCAAUACCUUUACCCCCCGAGCGCUUGCGUGUUUGUGGCAAACCUCCCCGAAGCUAGGGAGGAUGAUGAUCUUCAUGCUGCAGUUACCAAGGAGUUCAGCUGCUUCGGGGUGGUAUAUGUCAAGAUUCGCCGCGACCCCUCCAAUAUGCCAUUUGCCUUCUGCCAGUAUACAGACGAGGACCAUGCGAAGGAUGCGGUGAUCAACGGAAAGGGUAUCAUGAUUCUUGGUCGCCCCUGCCGGACCGAGAUGGUUAAAGCGAACCGCACGUACGCAAUCAACAGACGUGAUUAUGGGGACAUCACAGUCCAUCAAGCCAUGCGCGUGCUCGAAGCUUACGGAGAAUUGAGCAAGUGCUACUUGCUGCCCACUGAGCGUCAGAAGGCACUCGGGCUUCCUGCCACUGUCAUCGCAGCGUUCACGACAUUCGACCCAGCUCGCGAUAUGGGAACUGUUGCCAAGCAGAACCCAGAGUAUCGGAUUGUACCCUACGAUGAGCAGAAGGGCUCGAUCACGCCGCCCAGGGACCCCAACAAGGAGUUCCUUAAGCAGUAUGAGAUUGAUCGACAAACCCUCUAUGUCGCGCACUUGCCGCGUGAUAUCGAUGAAGCAGAGCUCGGUGAGCUUUUCAGCCAGGCUGGCACGGUCAGAAAGUGCACCAUCGUGAGGAAGGACGGCCAUUCCUACUAUGGUGCCCGUCAGCAGUUCUAUGCUUUUGUGGAGUACGAGAACAUUGGCGAACCCGAUGAAGCUAUCAGGCGCUUCAGAGGGUAUGAGUUGCGCGGCCAUCCGCUGAAAGUGGAACGAAAGGCCACGAAGAGUGCUCGUCGCAUGGUUUCGUCCCCUGCCUCUUCCGACACAUUCAAAGGCGGUCCCCGCACCCCUAACACGCCAUCGAGAAGCACAUUUGCUCACAGAUCUGUCAUGCAACGUUCGAGCGUUCCGGAGAUGGCGGCUUCAGUUCCACAGCCAACUUCAAUGUUGCUAGCCUACCCAUCGGAAGGAUCUCCCCCUCAGCGCGGGAAUGUCCACACAACUCAUGGCUUCCAUCGCGCGAACGGUAUUGCCCUGGAUGAUUCUGCUAUCCAGAAUGUGUCAGCAGAGCCGCUUGCUGUCAAGCCGAUCAAGUCGAUGCCCAAUUUCGGUGCACAUGGCGCUCAAGGCGAUGCCACUUCUGCCAACAACCUCCCCGCUGGUAUUCUCCUAGGACCUUCUGCCAGCGUCGUUCCGAGACCCCAGUUUACAGCUCUGCCGCAUCCCACAGCUGACGUUAACGGAAGGCCCAUCCACCCGAUGGAGCCUUUGCCCAUCACCUCUUGGGAUCAGCCCCAGCCCGGCUACCCACACGUCGGCUAUAUUCCGGACUGGGAUAUGCACUCCUACAUGACUGGAAUGCCCGGCACUGGCCCGAUCUUGCCUCCCAAUGUCCAGCAGGCUCCUCACGACCUGGUGAUGCAUAACUGGACUCCUGAGUUCGCGCCGCCCAUCCCCCUCGAGUGCGUUCCGCGUGGCUUUGUGCGUUCGCACUUCGCCUACCAUCCCAUUACGGGACAGCACUGUGCCGUUUGGAUCCCCGGCGCUGCGCCGCAUCCCUCGGUCUAUUGA